AUUAAAAGAAAAAAAGAAAAAAAUUGGUAUAAUUACAAUUUUUGGAAGAAAAUAUUCGAUUUAGUUUCAGUACUUAUCCUGCUUAGACUAUAUCAUACGCAUUAAUUUAGUUUAUUUUCUCCUUAUGUGUUAACAUAUUAUAUGUAUAUCAAAACCUUCAUAUAUAGAUGCAAAGAGACCAAAUCUGCAUAUAUAGAAGCAAAGAGACCAAAUCUGCAUAGCAAAUCAUUGUCUUAAAUGUUUUCAAUUUGUUUCUUAAUAUUGUGCAUUAUGAUUCAAUGUAAAUCCAGAUAUAUGUGUAUAUAAUUCUCUAUACCUGUGUGUCCCUGAACGGUCAACUCCUAAUUGUCAUUGUAUUUUUUAUCCCUUAUGAACACCGGGGACGAGUCACUCGCUCUUCAUCGCCGGAAAAUAUACGUCUCCUCCGUCGAACGUUCCAGUCACCAGAAAUCAAAAGGGUUCAAAGUCUCUGCGAGGAAGCUUGCGUCAAGGCUUCAGAAGCUUCCUCCUAAAGCUGACGGUGCAGAACGUUUUAGCUAUCAGAUGGAGGGCAUAACUAAGUGGGACUUGGGAUCAUGCCGAACGUAUUACUCCGUUGAACCUUAUGAGAAGUUUCAAGAAGAAGAGAAUAUAGACGGUAGCCUUGUUCCUCGUCUUCAAGAUGAGCUAUGGAAGGCUCAAUCUAGAAUCAAAGAGCUUGAAACUGAGAAGAUUGGAUCAAAGGAAAAUGGUAUAAGAAACCAAAGGAUAAGCUGGGAAGAAAAUACUGAUUCACUUUUUGAUUACUUGAAGGAGAAGUUCAGCAAAGAAAGGGAAGAAAGGAAAAGAGCUAACGCUGAGAAUUCUAUGUUAAAGAAGAAGGUGUUGGAGAUGGAAUCAACAACAACUCGGCUGAGGAGAGAAAGAGACACACUAGAGAAGGUGUGCGAGGAACUGGUGACGAGGAUCGAUGAACUGAAGGUGGAAACAAGGAGGAUAUGGGAUGAGACGGAGGAGGAAAGGCAGAUGUUGCAAAUGGCUGAGAUGUGGAGGGAGGAAAGAGUUAGGGUUAAGUUGACGGAUGCUAAACUUUCCUUGCAAGAAAAGUAUGAAGAGAUGACUUGGUUUGUGGAUGAGUUAGAGAAAGGUUUGGAGAUGGUUAGAGAAGUAGGAGGAGUUGAGGUGAUGAUGAGGUUGAGAAGAGGUGAACUUUUGAUUAAGAAUGCAAGAUCUUUGGAAGAUGCAGCUAAUGAUAUAGAUUUUGAGAAAUUUAAGUUUGUGUCUGAUGAUGAUAAUUAAUGUUUAACCAAUGUUCUAUGAUGAUGGAAAUGGUGUUGACAUGGAUGAGAUUUAUGAAUCGAUAUAUCAAGCUUAAUAGGACCGUCUCACUCUCUAGUUAUCUGCUUCCAUGGCUGAGUUGAUGCGAGUGUGAUGAUAAUCACCACUUGGUUUGCUUGUUCCUCCAUCAUUCUUGCAGAACAUCAUCAUUCCAAACACAACCAACGUUUAUUAUUGUUACCAGAAUGAAAUACUGUAGCUUCUUCUUAGUCUAAACAAGUUAUUCACCAAACCUUUGAGGCUGUUUCUUAAGUUAAGACUUAUUCAUCAAAGUUUGUUAGUUUUAAUUGUGUUGAAUGGUAAUGGUUUUUAGUUUGGUUUAAUGUAAGUGUGUUUGUAAGACUCGUUGCAAUUCUAGCUAUAUAUCAUCUAAUGUAAUAGUUUUUAGUUGUUAUAUUCCAAAGUAAAUGGUUUUAAUGCAUAAAUUGAAAUAUGUAGUUUAAACAAAAGAUAACCAUUAAAAAAAAAAUAGUUCCAUUUUUAUAUGAAAAAAAAAAC